CUCCGUAAUCUAAUACUCAGUGCGUUUCCUCGCAAUAUGCGUCUUCCUGAUCCAUUUACUCGUAACCUCAAAGUCGAUCUUCUUCCUGAGAUUUCUCAGCCUCCACGAGUGUUAUCUGACUAUACCUCAGCUUUGACGGCUGGGAAUUUAAAGCAAGAUAUUGACAAUUGGUUAAAGACAAAACAACCAGCGUCAUUUUUGAGUGAGCUGAAAAAUAGAUUGUUGGCCGAUCCGGGCACACAAGUGGACAUGAGGUCGAAAUAUAACGUGCCGGUGAUCAACGCAUUGGUACUAUAUGUGGGUAUGCAGGCGAUCAAUCAUUUUCAGAAUAGACAGGGCCAUACUCCUCUCACCCAUACUGCGCAUAUGGAGCUAUUCCAACAGCUGUUAAAUACUCUUGAUUCAGAAGGUCGAUAUUUGUUCUUGAGUGCGAUUGCCAAUCAGCUACGAUACCCAAAUAGUCAUACUCACUACUUUAGUCGAACUCUUUUGUACCUGUUUGCUGACGGUGGGCAAGAAGUGAUCAAGGAACAAGUGACAAGGGUGUUAUUGGAAAGACUGAUAGUGAAUCGCCCUCACCCAUGGGGACUUUUGAUAACAUUUAUAGAACUUGUUAAGAACCCCGAGUACGAUUUCCGAAGCCACUCAUUCACUAGAUGUGCAUCUGAUAUAGAGAGACUCUUUGAUAAUGUUAAUCGGUAA